AUGGAAGCAAAGACAAAGGAGACUCCAGCAAUUGAUGAUAAUGCUGAAGAAGGAGGAGGAGAAGAAGAAGAAGAAGAAGAAGAAGAAGAAGAGAAGAUCAAUGCUUUCUUCACUUUGGUUAGAAAUAUUCGAGAUGCACAUAACCAGAUGUUGAUUCGGUCGCAGGAUUCAAAGGAGAAAGAGAAAGCAAAAGAGAAAGAAACCAAAUCAACUUGGACACCGUCAUUCAAAUGGGAAGACUUUGCUGAGGAUCCACAUCUUAGAAACAAUAUUACAACACUUCCUAGUUCUUCCAAGAUUGGAGAACAAAAGCGCAAAGCAGAGGAACAUCAAGAAUUAGAUCUCAACCUUUCACUUUGA